AUGACAGCCAGGAUAUAUUUAUUACACGGAUACGCGAGGGAUCCCGAUUCGGUCGUAUUGGUCGAGCUGGCCGUCUCUACCUGGCUGCAAACAAGUCACCGGAUUGAGCGCAUUAUAAGCUCCCUUGCGCCGGAUGUCGUCGUGAAAUUGCCGGUUUGGCGACCUGGUAAAUUAGGUACCUGGGAAUGGUUCUUUUGGUGGGUACCCAAGGUAAAUGGCAUGGGUAAAGCACUAAGGAAAAGGAACGUUGUCGUGUUUCUGGGGCUGGGUCCCUACUAUUGUACAUUCCGGCGGCCCGGGUUCCAAUUCUAA